CAGCGAGGCCCGAGCGCUGCGGGGGCGGUGGCAGACGCCUGGCCAACGUGACCCCGAUAUUGGAUUUACCGGUCGGGGGGUGGGGGGAACCUGGAUUUAACUGGCGACUGUUUUGGGGGACGCCGGACGCCAUGUUGUGGAAAAUAACAGAUAAUGUCAAGUAUGAAGAGGACUGCGAGGAUCGCCACGAUGCGAGCAGCAAUGGGAACCCGCGCCUCCCGCCCCUCUCCUCGGCCGGGCAGCACCUCUACAGCCCCGCACCACCCCUCUCCCAUACCGGAGUCGCCGAAUACCAGCCUCCCCCGUACUUCCCACCUCCCUACCAGCAGCUGGCUUACUCGCAGUCGGCCGACCCCUACUCGCACCUCGGAGAAGCGUACGCCGCCGCGAUCAACCCGCUGCACCAGCCGGCGCCCACCGGCAGCCAGCAGCAGGCCUGGCCGGGUCGCCAGGGCCAGGAGGGCGCCGGCCUGCCCUCGCACCACGGGCGCCCAGCGGGCCUGCUGCCCCACCUCUCAGGGCUGGAGGGCGGCGCCGUGGGCACCCGCAGAGAGGCCUACCGCCGCUCCGACCUGCUGCUGCCGCACGCGCACGCCCUGGACGCCGCGGGCCUGGCAGAGAACCUGGGGCUCCACGACAUGGCGCACCAGAUGGAGGAGGUGCAGAGUGUCGACGACCAGCAUCUGCUUUUGCACGAUCAAACGGUCAUUCGCAAAGGUCCUAUUUCAAUGACCAAGAACCCCCUGGGUCUCCCCUGCCAGAAGGAGCUGGUGGGGGCGGUGAUGAACCCCAGCGAAGUCUUCUGCUCCGUCCCAGGGAGACUGUCUCUUCUCAGCUCCACGUCGAAAUACAAAGUGACCGUUGCUGAAGUCCAGCGGCGCCUGUCCCCGCCUGAAUGCUUGAACGCCUCAUUACUGGGAGGUGUUCUCAGGAGAGCCAAAUCCAAGAAUGGGGGCCGAUCAUUGCGGGAGAAGUUGGACAAGAUUGGGUUAAAUCUUCCAGCCGGCCGACGGAAAGCUGCUCACGUGACCCUCCUGACUUCCCUAGUAGAAGGUGAAGCCGUUCAUUUGGCCCGAGACUUUGCGUAUGUCUGCGAAGCCGAGUUUCCUAGUAAACCAGUGGCCGAAUACUUAACCCGACCGCAUCUAGGAGGGCGAAACGAGAUGGCAACUCGGAAGAACAUGCUGCUGGCGGCCCAACAAGUGUGUAAAGAAUUCACAGACCUUCUCACUCAAGACCGAACGCCCAACGGGAACAGCCGGCCCACCCCGGUCUUAGAGACGAACAUACAGAACUGCCUGUCUCAUUUCAGCUUGAUUACCCACGGUUUUGGCAGCCAGGCCAUAUGCGCCGCCAUGUCUGCUGCACAGAAUUACAUCAAAGAAGCUCUGAUUGUAAUAGACAAAUCUUACAUGAACCCCGGAGACCAGAGCCCAGCCGACUCCAACAAAACCCUGGAGAAAAUGGAGAAGCACAGGAAAUGAAAUGGGCCUUGAACAAAGAGACCAAGAAAAGAAAAGGACAGUGACAUCGGUCGUCGGACCAGGAAUCCCUCUUGCCUUGGGGGACAGUUUGUUACCGACCUUACUGUUGAUUUCUGGAUUGGCAGUGAUUUUUUUUUUUUUUUUUUACAUGCCCACCGGAUUUUUUUCAUUGUUUCUCUAGCGCAGAAGUCUUCCAGUUUGGGACAAGUUACAGAAGGUGACCAAGUACCGUUCCUUACUUCUGUUAAGCUUUUAUUUUUUAUGUGUUUUGAACCCUAUUCUUCCAUUCUUUGAAAGUGGUGCUACAGUUUUAGAUAAAUCCUUUAAAUUAAUUCCCUCGGUUAACAAGAACCACAGACUUAACUGUUGAAAUGCCAAAUCGAUGUGAGUUAGAUCAACAAUAACUUUUUUUUUUUUUUUAUGCCUUUUAAGGCAAUGGCUGCUUUUGGAGCUCACUCAAUAUUUAUCUUAGAAGUUUACUUCUUCAGAUGUCAAAUCCUGCACUAAGAGGCAAAAGCCCUGUCUUCUUGUUAUUAGGUGUUGUUGAGUCAAUUCGAGACUCGUAACACCCCGUGGACAACAGCAUGAAACACUGCCCGGUCCUGUGCCAACCUCCCAGGUGUUGCUCUGCGUGAGCCCGUUGUUGCGGCCACUGUGUCAGUCCAUCUCGUUGAGGGCCUUCCUCUUUUUCCCUGACCCUCUACUUUAUCAGGCAAGAUGUCCUUCUCUUCUUAGCAACUAGUUAGUCGGUGGUAUUUGACACUUUCCACUUCUUGUUCAAAGGGGGCCUUCGUGUUUUAGAAAACUUAUAGAAACAGCCUGCUGAAGAUGGUGUUUUUUCUGUUUCUCUUUUUUUUUGUUUUUAUUUUUUUGAGCUCUGUAAAGUUAACUCUUUAAAUGGGAGACUUCUUUGAAAUGACAUGUUCCUUUCAGGUACUGAAGCUUUAUUUGCCUAUUUAUUUCAGAUCUUGGUUUUUAGAGUAAACUUGGCAUUUUGUUGUUGCCUGUUUUGUCCCCAAGUCCCCGUGGUGACUCGGUAUGUUGAGAAACUGCGAUGGCUGUACAGAUUUUAUUUAUGCAUAAUUUAAUGGGGUCUUGUAAAUACUGGUGAACUUCUUAUGACUUUUUUGAGAAAUGGGAUUCGAUUUUAAUAUUCCCUUUUAAAGGUGUCGGGGUAUUCUGUAGCACAUCUUCAGGUUUUCUUCGUGUGUACACAGGGUAUUAAGAAUUAAGAGGGUAUCGAGCUCUGCUCUAGACACGGAAGAUUCUAUUUAAUUGAAGCUGUUCACAAAGCAGUAACUUUGUGUCUGCUUCCUGUUGGGGCUGAACCCUGAAAUGAGUGUGUGGUACGGCGCGAGUGUGGAUGAAACAGGUUUUGGAACUGCACUCUUUGGCUGUAAAUGUUCCCAAAUAAUUCUGCUGUGUAUAUGGUAAUCUGUAUAAUAAAAGUAUUCUCGAUAGAAUCUGUGAAAAUCUGGCUAUAACUUAAUUUUUUUUAAGUCUCUAAAAUGAGUGGAAUCGUGACAGACCUGAUUUAUGGAUUAUGGUUGUGACGUAGUUAAUAGGAUUGAGCAGCGAAGCUGGGCACUGCAGGAAAUUUGAAGUUUCAUUUUCUUUGCCUGUCGAGACCGCUCUCUUGUCCCAGAUCCCUAGAUGAUCAUCAGUGGCUCUCAGUUACAUUUAGUACAAUUUUCCCCACCCCUGGGAGUGUUGGGGAAUGUGGGGAGGGCAGUUUAUGGACACUGAGAAGGACCAAACUUUUUGGGAUAAACUCUCACAUGUAAGGUGACCCUAUGGAGAAAUAUCACUCUGUGAUUAUGGUCAAGUUGACACCUGAAAAUUUUGAGAAUGGAAAUGGAAGAGCGAUUUUAGAUACUGUUUGGGAAGACUCUUUAGGAAGACAUGGCAUUCAAUGAGAUGUGAACAAUGAAGGUGGAGGGUAUGGGUGUUUCCAAUUAAUCGAAACUCCAUCUUUGGAAGCAUGAGAGCGUGCAUAUGUCCAGGGCACGCUAAUCAUCUUUGGGUCAAUCAGAUAUGGGUCCUUGUAGUCGACUUCCAGAGGAGAGGAGUCUGGCAGGGGUUCUGUUCUCUCUGGAUGUUUGUAAAGAUCUUGGAUGCAUGCUGCAGAUACUUGAUUUCAGGCUGAAGUGGCCUGGCACACCCUCCAGGAAAUGAUAUGUUUAUAGAUUGGCUUGAGUGGCCGGGCUUCAAAGGGAAGUGGGAGCAAACGGAUUUUCCACUUUGGAUAAGGCUGUGGCUUCAACUACAGUCUCAUAAUCCUUAAUUCAUAAUUCUCCCCAGUGCUCAGCAAUUCCUGACUUCGUGUUGGCAUUGAGUGUUAUUAAGUAAUUUAAACUCUGCCGACCUAAUACUUUGCUCUUGGCAGCUUGUCCUUGGCCACUGAACAUUCCCAUUAAGUUGGAUUUAUCUGGUGGAUAUGUCAAGAUCACAAUUGCCUUGUUUUAGAGCAGUGAAAAGAGGUCUUAGGUUGGCAGUUAUUUCUCAAUCAAGACUUGAGACAUGAGGUGUUAAAAGGAAGUUAUGGGAGCAAAGGCCUGAAGGAGAAAGAACUAUAUUAUCAGCAUCUUAACUUGCUUUUGGACUACAGUCGCUUUUAGGAGCUGUGCCGAAUUGUAGUGCAAUGUGCUGGAAGCACCCCAAAGUCAACCAAGGAUUGAAGUGAGUCAUAAGCGGGGCCUGUUGCCUGGAUCCUUGCUCAGCUCGCCAUGAUCCUCCUUCCCCCGGAAGUCCACGGAUUUGCUGGGCCCGGUACACAGUAACUGGUAUUUCCUAAUGCCUCUGACUUGAUGCCACCCAAAACAGCUCUCCCCAAGCAUCCUUGAGAGGGCCCUACGAAAACACCGAGCCUCUCGUUUUCAGUUCAGCUCUUGUUUAUUUGUGAGAAGGGUACCCUGUCCUUUGAGCACUUCCAGCCCCUGGCUGCUGGAUGGAGGAGGGACUCUGAGGCUGAUAGGCCGGUGCUUCUCAUGGACAUGGAUGGUUAUGUUGCAAGCCCCCACAUCAGUGGGCAUCUCAUCCUGCCACCUGAACCGGACCCUCCUGCCUGCCCCAGGUUGCACGUGAGCUGUUAGACAAACUGAGCUUGGUUCUUAUUAACACACGGGACUUGCUCCAAAGUCUUUGCCCUCUGGGAGAAACAGCUGCAUUUUUUUCUUUUUUUUUCUGGUUGCACUGAAAGAAAACCCAUCAAUUGUCUGAAGGCAGUGCCGUCUUGA